CUGCUUUGCACGCUAAACGCAUGAAAUUCGUGGCAUGCAAUGUUUCUCAUUGGCAUAUUAGCGCGCCGCGGCGGGGACAGUGCCCUCCAUUCAGGAACAAGGUUGAGGAUGACGCUUCAAAACGGGAUCAUUCUUUCUGCCCAAAACUGCUCCGGCUCGGUGGACAACAGGAACACGCUCAGAUGGGAUUUAACACCAGAAGAAAUCAAGGAAAGGACUGAGAAUUUGAUCCGAAGAGUCAAGCAAAUCUAUGAUUUAGUUGGAUCACUGGAUAUUGAGAGAGUUUCGUUUGAGAACACACUCAAACCUUUAGCAAAUGCAAAAUUAGAUUAUGCCUCGUCACGUCAUAUGCUGGAUUUUCCGCAGUUUGUAUCAACAUGUAAAGAGGUGAGGUCAGCCAGCACAGAAGCAGAUAAGCAUCUGGCUGAUUUUGAUGUGGAAAUGAGUAUGAGAGAAGAUGUGUUUAAGAGACUUCUAGCUCUGCAGGAAAAGGAACAGUGUGACCUUUUACCAGAGUCCAAAAGAUUUAUAGAACGACUUAUUAAACUGGGGAAACGGAAUGGACUGCACUUGCCCAAAAGUGUGCAGGAAGAAAUCAAAUCAGUCUCCAAACAAAUCAGCAAACUUUGCAUUGAUUUCAAUAAAAAUUUGAAUGAAGAUAAUACAACUCUAAUUUUCUCUAAAGAGGAGCUAGGUGGUCUUGCACAGAGCUACUUAAAUGGUUUAGAGAAAACAGAAAAUGGCCAUUAUCGAGUGACCCUAGCAUACCCUCACUAUUACCCAUUGAUGAAGAGGUGUCAUGUCCCAGAGACACGGAAGAAGAUGGAGAAAGCUUUCCAUAGCAGGUGUAAGGAGGAAAACACAGGGAUUCUGGAACAGUUGAUUGAAUUGCGAGGACGAAUGGCAAAGGCUUUGGGGUUUAGAAACCAUGCUGAUUAUGUGCUUGAAAUGAAUAUGGCCAAGACCUCAACCAAUGUAGCAAAAUUUUUAGAUGAGUUCUAUGAGAAAUUGAAACCAGUGGGUCUCAAGGAACGGCAGUACCUGCUGUCACUCAAGCAUGCUGAGUGCCAGAGGAGGGGCUUAGAAUUUGAUGGACAGAUCCAUGCCUGGGACAUGCCGUACUACAUGAACCAGGUGGAGCAAGUGAAGUUUGCUGUGGACAAGGACAAACUGAUUGAGUACUUUCCACUGGAGGUGGUGACUGAAGGCCUCCUUAGCAUCUAUCAGGACCUGCUGGGCCUCACUUUCCAACAGGUGCACGAUGCUCAUGUCUGGCAUGACAGCGUCAAACUUUACUCUGUAUUGGAUCAUGCCACAGGGGAGGAGAUUGGACAGUUUUACCUUGAUUUACAUCCCAGGGAGGGCAAGUAUGGACAUGCUGCGUGCUUUGGGCUCCAACCAGGCUGCCUGGGUCCUGAUGGGAAACGUAGGCUGCCAGUGGCAGCCAUGGUAGCUAAUUUCACCAAACCCACAGGCAGCUGGCCUUCUCUUCUGCAGCACCACGAAGUGGAGACCUUCUUCCAUGAGUUUGGCCAUGUCAUGCAUGAGCUCUGCUCUAGGACGCACUAUGCAGAGUUCAGUGGGACUCUGGUAGAGACAGAUUUUGUGGAGGUGCCAUCUCAGAUGCUGGAGAACUGGGUGUGGGAGAGAGAACCUCUGCGUAGGAUGUCGCGGCACUACAAAGAUGGAAGUCCUAUUCCAAAGAGCCUACUGGAUAAGCUUAUUGCCUCCAGAGUGGCCAAUACUGGUCUAAUGAACCUCAGACAGAUAGUGCUUAGUAGAGUGGACCAAUCACUCCACACACAGGCCAGUGCUGAUAGUGCAGCAGAGUUUGCCAGACUCUGUAAACAUAUACUGGGUGUUCCUGCAACUCCAGGUACAAACAUGACGGCCAGUUUUAGUCAUCUGGCUGGUGGCUAUGAUGGGCAGUAUUAUAGUUACCUAUGGAGUGAAGUCUACUCCAUGGACAUCUUCUUCAGCCGUUUCAAGAAAGAGGGGAUCAUGAACCCUAAGGUGGGUAUGGAAUACCGAAAGGUCAUACUGGAGGCAGGAGGCUCAGUAGAUGGCAUGGAUAUGCUGAAAUCAUUCCUGGGCCGUGAACCACGCCAGGACGCUUUCUUUCAGUGUAAAGGACUGACACAAGCAAAGACUAAACAAAAUUCUGUUUUGUAA